AGAGGAAAGUUUGGGGGUUUAUUAUGAGCAAAUCCUUAGCUCCGACUCUUUCCCUAAUCGAGGAUUUCGGACGACCUGUGAAACCCUAACCAUGGCGAAUCCGAGAUCGGGAAUUCUCAACCUCUUCCUCCUCGCGGCGGUCCUCAUCUUCGCGUCCUCGGUGGCGUUGGCAAGCUCCGAUGCCCCCUUUUUGGUCGCGCAUAAGAAGGUGAGCCUCACGCGGCUCAAAAGUGGCGUGGAGCGCGUCUCUGUCUCGAUCGACCUCUACAACGAAGGAUCCUCGACUGCAUAUGAUGUGACUAUGAACGAUGAUAGUUGGUCCCAAGAUAUGUUUGAUCUCGUCUCUGGCAGAACAUCAAAGACAUGGGAAAAACUUGAUGGUGGUUCUUCUGCCUCUCACUCCUUUGUACUGGAGUCUAAAACAAAGGGCAUGUUCCAUGGUUCUCCUGCUGUCAUCAAAUUUCGUGUUCCCACAAAGGCUGCAUUAUGGGAAGCUUAUUCUACCCCCAUUCUGCCAAUAGACGUUCUUGCUGAUAAGCCUCCCGAAAAGAAGUUUGAAUGGGCAAAGAGGCUGUUAGCUAAAUAUGGAUCAUUGGUGUCUGUUCUGACACUGGUUGGAUUGUUCAUCUAUGUGAUUGCAACUCCAUCGAAGUCGAGCAAGAAGAGGCGGUAAUUCGGAUUAUCGCCAAGUAGAUGUUUGUUUGAGAAUACCUCUGAGGAUUACAGGCUUUCUUCUCAUCAUCAUACUAUACUCAGAAUGUUGCCUCACUGCUCGGGCUAAUAGGGAACUUUAAUGGUCAACUCUUUUUCUUACUGGCUAUUAUAUUUGUAGUGUUCCUAAAAUGAGUAUGUUUUAAAUUUGAUGAAACGAGUAUAAACAAUUUCCUAA